AUGGCUGAUCUCGACAUGCCCAUUGCCCUCCGGCGGCCCCGUCGCAGUGUCGGCCCAACGAGCCAAGCCGAAGAGACGGCCGCCCUGCCGCCGAGCCGCCACCCCAGAACGCCCCGCCGACUCCGAAAGGCCGUCCGCUUCUCCGACCCGGGCCCUUCGCCGAGCACCGGCCUGACGCCCAGCAUCCGGCGCACUUGCCUCGGCACCCCGCGCGGCCGUCGCGCCUCGACGCCGAGCAGAUGCAGACCCUCGCCGCACGCCGCCGUGGCCGCGCGCCUCGAAGCCCCUGCCGCGCCGGCGUGCCUCCGCCAGACCGCCGACGGGCGCGUGGAGCGACGCAUCCGUCGCAGCAACUUGCGCGACCUUCUCAACCGGCUGGAGCAGCAGAAGAAGCGUAGCGCAAAGGUGGCGCAGGCCGAGAUUGGCGCCCUCCAGGCCGAGAUCAAGAUGCGGGACCGCGACAUCUACGAGCUGCAGAAUGCCACUGUCGUCAUCGACACAGACCGCAUAUGGGACCUCGAGCAGCAGGUCGAGGAGCUCAGGGAUGAGCUUCAACGGCGCUCGGACGUCCCGGCUACUCCUCGCAGCGACAGCCAGGCCGGCCGGACCUGCUACGACUGGACGCUGGCGGCGCGAGAUCCCUUUGUCGACGACGACGACGACGAUGUCACCGACGUGGCGCCCGACGAGGACCACUUCGGCGACGCCACCAUGGCCCAGCUCGCGGCCAGUACACCGUCGAGGGCACGGUCGUCCUUUCCCACGCCGCCCGCGACCAGCCCUGCUCUCCCCGCGACGCCGUGCUGGCGCGCUCCACUGGCGGUUCCCGGUCCGUCCCACGCUGGCGUACAAGCAUGCUUUCCCGACCCGGCCAAGGAGCAGCUGGAGGAGGAGCUGGCGUCUCUGCGGCUCGAGGUCCGCAAGCUAGCAGCGACGCUCGAGUCAUACCAAAGCCUCGGCGAACGCGUCGCUGACCGCCUGUCGUCCGUGACACUGUCGGCUGUUGGAGCGGCCUCGGGCGUCCACGGCCUGGAGCAGCAGGUCGAGGGUCUGGUCCAGGCCAUGUCCGACCGCACCGCGGCGCUGGCCCUCCUGACUUCCUCCAUCGCCGACAUUGGCUUUCCCGGCAGCGACGCCGGUGACAUGGUGGUGGCGCUGGCCGCUGGCUUCCGCGCCGCACGGCUCGAGCUCGAGUACCUCACGCCCGGCGAGGUUGUCCUGCCGCUCAGCUCGCAUGGCGCCGAGGUCCUCGACCUGCUGCUAAGUCGCCUGCGCGUCCUCGCCAAGAAGGUGCAGGAAGACGAAGCGACCAUUGACGAGUACCACGAGAUUGAACAGUCCUUGCGCAAGCAGCUCGACGCACGAGUAUCCGUCAUCGAAGGGCUCAAGCUCGAAAUGUCCACGGCCGAGCAUCUCUUCAACGAAAAGCACGCCAAGAUCCAAGAGCUGCAGGUGGGCAACCAACGACUAAGCGGCGCCGUCGACGGCUAUGUUCGCGACAUUGCCGAGCUCGAAAAGCUCGUUGAGCGCAUGGAGCAGGAAGGCCAGGAAAUAAAAGGGGCGCAUCAGGCCCGGCAGCAGUCGGAUCGCGAGACCCUGGGGGUCAAGGAGGCGAGCAUCGCGGAGCUCGAGGGCAAGCUCGCCUCGGCGAUGCGGCGCACGACGAGCCUGCAGCUGGAAAUAAGCAACGUCCAGGACAGCAGCACGCGGCACGUCGUAACGCUCAACAAGGAGCACGGCGCCGCCCUUGCCCUGCGUGACGCGCGGGUGCUGGAGCUGCGCGGCGAGAUUGAUCGCCUCAACGAGUCCCUCCGAGCCGCUCAUGAUAUCAUCCGCGAGCUGCGCGUUGGCAAGGGCGACAUGGAGGCCCAGAUGCGGGGCGACAAGCAAAAAGCCAAGGCGGCCAUGGACGCCGUCAAGAGCGAGCUACAGCGCGUUCUGCAGAUGAGCCAGUUUCUUGACGAGGCUCCCGAGGGCGAGGCUCCCGGCGCGGAGAGCGGCUCGACAAAGACCGCGGACAAUGCUUGCUCGUCUGUCGGCGGGCCGAGGACGGUGGUUCGCCCGGGAGGCUUCCUCGCUGCCGCCCCGGUCCGACGCGGCAGCCAGAAGAUGGCGAGGAGGCAUGACAGCGGCAUGGGCCUGCUGCACGAGGACGAGGUCGACAUUUGA